UAUUGUGCUGGUCGGAGCCCACAGCAGUAGUCAGAGAUUUCUCACAGAAAUUAAGCAACCUGCAAGAUCGCACUGUUACCAUGUCGCUCCGAAAGGACAUCCCGUCGGACGAGAGUUUGCAAGGUUCCUGGGUUGAGCUGAAUUUCAGCAACAAUGGCUCUCAAAGUGCCAGCCACCAUGGGAGCCAGGAGCAGAUCCCCACAGCCGUGGCUGACGUGGAGAAAAUGCUGCUGGAUGCACAGCACGAGUCGGGAAAGAACAGCUCCAGAGGAAGCUCUCAGUGCAACAGCCCACUCAGAGCCCAGACCCCCCUCCUCAUGUGGAAAGGCUCAGAGGCAAACAGCUCACAGUCAGAUGAAGACUUUCAAGAAAGAAGACGGGAAGUAGAGAACAUGAUGAAGAAAAAUGCUGACUGGAUCUGGGACUGGUCUAGUCGACCUGAGAACAAUCCACCAAAGGAGUUCCUGCUGAAGUACCCUAAGCGCUCGACCUCUCUCAGCAUCAGGAACACCAGCGUCAUGAAGAAGGGAGGCGUUCUCUCUGCUGACUUCCUGAAGCUUUUCCUUCCUUCAUUAAUCAUAUCUCACAUACUUGCUAUUGGCCUGGGGAUAUAUAUCGGGAAGCGUCUGACCUCCCACAACACCUACUGAGUAGGAUGGGGCCGUAUUGCGUCACCUUGAUUUGACCAUCUAAGCAUGCCUUAAAAUGGGACCUUCUGUUGACUGAGGGAGAUGGGGCCAUGUCACACGGUCCAAUUUGAUUUAGCUUACACGAGCGUGGAUAGUUAAGGAUCUGUCAUUGCUGUUUCAUGGUGUCUACUCCUGAACACAACAGUGACCAAUCCUGUUGAGCUGUAGACUGUCCGGGUCUGGAGAUGACUGUUCUGCUGCUUCCUGCUCCUUAAAUCUGCACGUUAGGGAACUUUAGUGUACGCCAUUGCGUUUUGUUUUUGCAAUGAGAAAUCACUUUUGAUUUAAAAUGACAUAUAUAUAUAUACAUUGUUUUCAAUCAGCUUUAAAGAAUGGAAAGUGUUUUGACUUGUAAUUUACAUUUUUCUUUGUCCUCAUUGGAUUGCUCAGUUAUUGUGAAGUUGUAAAUUGUGAUAAUAGAGAAAGCAUUAUUAAGAACUGGUAUGGUCCAUUUUGUUUUAUCCUUCACAAAAUAAAAGCUGGAAAUAAACAUUUGGCCCUGAUGUAGUUAUAAACCAGUUAACAUGUAGAAACAUUCAAAGAACCACAUGCAGAUGAACACAAUUAAAAUUUUAUUUAACUUUGGUCAAAAUAAUAAACAAGUGAAUACAUUGCCACCAUGUUAGGAAUCAAUGGACAAAGACAAUGCAUUAUUAUGUGUUUGUUUUAAUGUCAUCAGUAUAUGUUGUGUAGUCAACCUUCAUUUCUGCAUUCACAACUACGGAGAGAAGAUCCACAUUUGAAAUACGUGGUUCAAAUUUGGGUGACAUCCCUAAUAAAUCAAUAAGGGCACAUGUAUGAGGCCUGUCUGAAUUUCCUACUAUUACAUGAUUAGGAGGCACUAUCACAUAAACUGUAUGGUGUGCAAUUUCCCCUCCUUUGUGUUUUCAUAGACAGCCACAUAUAGCAGCAGUAUAUGAGGACAUAACUCUAUAAAAUAGGAUUUACAAAUAAUGCACAUGAGGUUUGUAAAACGUUUGGGGACAUAACUUGUAGCUGUCACUGAUAGAAGUAGGUAUUAAGGCUGCAGAUUCCCCGUGUCCUGGGCCCCACCAUGUGCCAUGUAGUUUCCAGCCUGCAUCCUAACACAUGGUCAAAAAGCUAGAAAUUAAUCUCUUGACACAAACACAUUAUCAGAUGUCUCCAACAGUAGUUCCGAAACCAGUAGCCCCAAAAUAGUAUUUCCAUAACAAGUUAGCUUGAGAUCUGCUCAAAGACAGUGGUGUGACUGGACAUUUUCCCACCUCUCUACAACAUAAAAACAUGCAAAGCAAUAAACAUGUUUUAAUACAUACUUCUAAAUUUAAAAACACAUCUGUAGUUUUAGUUUCUUUUAUUAUGUGGAUGACAAGGUGUACUUGAGUAGAUACAGUCAGUGAAAUUAUGUCACCGUAUUGACGGGGGGAGGGGGGGGGUAAAGUAAGAGGAGGAAAUGGGGAAGAAAAGAAACAAGUCCACUUUCCAAAUUCAUGGCCUCUUCCACCAGUGGUUUGGCCCUGAAUACAUGGCCAAAUGGGGGAAUGUUACAGUUAGGCUUAUUGGCCAUUAAUCCGUGCUUCAGAGCGCCCAAAAGCAUUGAGAUGAUGUUACAACUUUGACAAGACGUCAUUUUAAGGGCUUCCAAUAGUUCUGUCGUGAAAUCAUGAAAUGAAGGCUUAAAAUGUCAACACAAACACCAACGUUCAAGAGUUUGACCUCUAGGGAGUGCCAUUCCGUCAAUUAGACCCGAAUUGGGCUUUCUGGGUCAGGGGGGGCAUGUUGAUUGCCCUGGUGCCAAAGGCAAAAACAACCUAAGCUCAGACUCAAAAUAAAACAGGCCUAUGGAUCAACCUCCUGUGGCAAAAAAAGUAGACACGUGCUUUCAAAUUCUUCACCAGGAGGACAACGAGGCUGUUUCUUCUUAUACAGAUAGACAAGUAGUAGGCUUAACUACACAGGUACGGUAAAAG